AAAAAUGUCAGGUGGAAGUGUCAGUAAACAAAAACAAUCUUUUUCAAAUUUAAAAAAUGAAAUGGAUAAGUAUGAAGUUAUUAAAUUAUUGGGAGAAGGAUCAUUUGGUCGAGUUUACAAAGCGAAAGUUGUCGCAGAUUCAACUUUUGUUGCAUUAAAAGUUAUCUGUAAAGGUCGAAGAUCGAAUAAAGAAAUAGUUGGUUUACGAAGGGAGUGUGAAAUACAAAGACAUUUACAUCAUCCAAAUAUUAUACAAAUGCUUGACUCGUUUGAAACACCAAGUGAGAUCGUAGUGGUCACUGAAUUUGCCCAAAAAGAACUCAAUACGGUCUUGGGCAAAGAAGGUUAUUUGUCGGAAGAACGAGCCACUCCAAUUAUUUGGGACUUGGUAUCAGCUCUCAACUAUUUACAUUCGCAUCGAGUUUUACACAGAGAUUUGAAACCACAAAAUAUAUUAAUCGAUUCAAAAAAUCGUGCGAAAUUAUGUGACUUUGGUUUUGCUCGAAAUAUGAGUACUGGGACUCACGUCUUAACAUCAAUUAAAGGAACACCACUUUAUAUGGCACCAGAAUUGAUAGAAGAACAACCGUACGAUUAUAAAGCAGAUUUGUGGUCACUUGGUUGUAUUAUGUAUGAAUUAUUAGUCGGGGCACCUCCAUUUUGUACCGCUUCCAUUUUACACCUGAUUCGGUUGAUACGACACGAGCAAAUCCGAUGGCCGACUUUUAUUUCCGAAAAUUGUGUCUCUUUUCUCAAAGGGCUUUUACAGAAAGAUCCUUCGAAAAGAAUCAAUUGGGAGGAAAUCUUGAAUCAUGAUUUUGUCAAAGGGCAUAUUUUGAUUUGCAAUGAUUCAACUAAUAUGCCGUUGACUAAAGCUUUGUCUGAAAAUACGCUACAUGUGCAAGAGCAACAGAGGAAAGACCACAUGUGUAACAAAGCGAAAUCAAGCGAACCUAAGGUCUCACCGCAAGACAUGAAAAACAAUAAUUUAUCGUCACAAAACUCGUCGAUUCGAAAUGACACUUUUAUUGAAGAAAGUCAUCCGAUUGAAACUGAAGAAUGGAUCGUUUUUCUGCAGAAGUCAAUGGAGGAGGUUAUCGGAGGUGAACUCACUUCGUUAACACAAACCUAUUUAGCUAACAUAAUCGUAUCACCGUUGCGAAACACGAACACAAGUCCGAAAGUGUUGACUUAUGUUGCGAAACUCUUAUCGUUACCUUUUGCCCUACGAGGGGUUUCUCACGAGAUGAAAGAACAAAUCAAAAAAGUGUAUCUCGAAGUAAAGUUGGUACCAAAUCUGAUUUACUCUUCCAAGAAAAUAAUGAAAGUGUUUGAUAGUUCGAGUGAUGAGACUUACAAAGAUGUUUCGGAUUUAACAGAGGACGAUUUUCAAGCACUUGAAUGUAUCUAUGUGUUACUUACGCAUUUGGUGCAUUUGGAUAAUGAGUUUUUGAGUCAAUUAUGUGAUUCCAUCGCCGUUUUGAAUGUGUAUUCAAUACUAAAAUCGUUUCUUUUGAUUUGUAAAAGUCGAUUGCAGUUGGUUAUGGAUUUAUUGGCCAUUCUAACGCAUGUAUUGCGGGUUUUUCCUGAAAAUUUUGAAUUAAUCGAUCGGAUUGUUUUAAAUGAGGGAAAAACUGUUAAUUUUGUUGAAUUAUUAAGACAUAAUAAUCCGUUGAUGCAAGAACGAACGUGUUUUUUUCUUUUGUUCCUGGGGAAACAUUCACCAGCUAAUAAGAUGGAAGUUUUUUGGAAUGAGACUGUAAGGGAAACUUUGGAAGCUUUGAUGUAUGACUCGAUUGGAAGUGUUAGAAAUGCUGCCGAUCGUACCGUUGAGGAACUUAGGUGUAAGGAUUUUUAUAAACCAUCUAUUGUUAAACAAACUUAAUUUUAAUAAAUACUCAUUAUUAUUUUUA